GCGGGACUCGUUUGUUCAUUAUUUGCCUGCAUUGUUCAUUUUCAUUUAUCUGCGAUAUUCUCUACGUUUACUUAAUGUCUACAUUGUAGAUAAGAACAAAGAAAUGUAAUUAGUGAAAAAAAGGUGAAAGUACGAAUCCGUCAGCCCGAUUAAUUCAUCGUCCUUUUAACCCUGGAUACAAAAAACAAUGAGGACUCGUAAUUAAUGCAAAGCAAUCAAUCAAUUUAUAUUACAAAAACUAUUGAUUCGUCAAGGUUUAAUGAAAAAAUGGACUUUGAGAUAUCUUUCCCUGAAAACGAUGGACGGGCACUGAAAUUAGCAUUUGGGAAAUAAUUCGCUAUUUAUAGUGAGUCGAGGAGCAUAGGAGAGUGAAAAGUCGCUCAGUUGUGUUUUUGAACCAAUAUUGCAGGUUAGGUUGAUCGGCCGAUAUGGAGUCGAUGGAAGGGCGACUCGUAGCACAGGCCUUGAAUUACCAUGGUCAACAGUUGCAGAAAGUGUGGGAGAGCGAUCGCAACGAAAGUGAGCUUGCAAAGCUCAAUCUCAAAGAACCUAGCUUUGAAAUUUUUCAACAGAGACAAAAAACGCUCAGCUUGGCUGACAUAGGAAAGAGGCUGAAGCUUCAGCAAUUUAUUGCAAAAAAGGCCAACGUUCUUUAUGACAAAGCCAAUUUGGAAGCCACGGUUGAAGCAACCAAACCACAACUUGGUGGCCCAGAAUUGUACGCGACUAUGCCAGGACUGGAUUCGUUCGUUCCAAUGGACAAAUCUCAGCGUAUUCGUAACUUCUUAGAGAGUUUGAGUGUGGGCGAUGUAAUUUACGCACAAGUAAAGGGGAAAAGUGCGGCUGGACUUCUUCUGAAGAUUCUCUGCAACUGUAGUGACUGUCCGAGAGUGGUUUCCGACAUCGGUAUCAAGGCCUUGAUAUUGAACACGGCAACAGUGCCGGCGGUGGACAAGAAGGACGUGACUCGGGAGUACGUGGUCAACGAUAUGGUCUGUGUCUGCGUGACGGAGGUAAAUGUUGAGGCUGAACGAGUUGUUGCAGCCAUGAACGUUACUCCUCGUGAAGGUCAAGCUCCACAUCCGCCUCUGGGCCUUGUGGACAACGAUGAACUACCUAGCGCUUACAAGAAAGCGACGGAGAACAAGGGAAAAAGUUUUGAAUCUGUCCUGGAGAACAGCACUGGAUUCAACAAUCCCAACAACAUUAAAUAUCUUUGCGACUUGAUGGCACUGGGUCAGGAGAAUUAUUCCAACAUGGUUGGUCUCAGGGGAAAAUUUCCUCCCGAAGAAUGCAGUACAAAGUUGAGGCAAGCACAAGCGGGUAAAUGGGCAUUCCGCAGUGUUGCAGAAGGAAUUGAUCAUUUCAAAGCAGGAAGACAUUCAGAAGCAUUCCAGUGCCUCAAUAAGGCGCUGGUGGUUGAUCCCCGAAACGUCGAGGGAUUGGUAGCACGUGGCGCAUUAUAUGCGAACAACUGCAGCUUCAAGAAAGCCGUCGCCGACUUUGAGGAUGCCCUGAAAUAUAAUCCAACUCAUGCAAACGCUCGCAAAUAUAUGUCGGAGACACUUGUGGCUAUGGGGCGAAGCUUUGAGGACGAGGAGAAGUUUGAGGAAGCACAAAAGGCCUAUGAGGACUGUCUGACCAUCACUCCGUACCAUGAGGAGGCGAAAAAUUCGAUCGAGUACAUAAAGAAGAGAAUGCUCGGCGGAGGGGCCGUGAAUCCUGUCGAGAAAUUCGAGUCUUUUGAGGUGGAGAACGGAAAUGAGAAUGGCAAAGUGGAGAAGAAAAAGCGGAAGAAGGAUCGGAAGUCGAGGUCGAAGAAAAGGCAGAGGUGGAGUUCAAGUUCGAGCUCUUCAACGAGUGGAUCCUCGAGUUCGUCGAGCUCGGAAUCGAGCAGUUCAUCGUCAUCGGGAAGUUCGCGUUCUGCCUCCCGAUCAUCGUCUCGUAAGAAGAAACAGAAGAAGGAACGAGGCUCUCUGUCGCCACUGAGCAAACGAAUGAAUCAGUACAAUAAUCCGCCACCAGCCAGCUCAUUGCCUGAAAUGUUGGCUUCUGACUCGAGAGCGGGCACCGAAGGUUUCGAGAUGCUGGUGCGCAAAUUCCUGCAUCAGACCAAGGAUGAGUCCGAUUAUGAAGAAAAGGUGAGGAUAUUGCUGGAGGAAACUACAAGGUGGAAGAAAGAAAGAGGUGGUGAGAGGGGUGAGAAGGAAGGGGAAAAGUCGAAAAAGAAAAAAAAGAAGGAAAGGAAAACUAAAGAUAAGGAUAAGGAAGAUAAGAGGAGUCGAAGAAAGAAAAAGAAGGAAGAGCGUAAGAAGCGUAAGAGUAGUAAAGAUAAGCUUGACAGGAAUCUUGAAGUUUUGAAAAACUCUUCAUCGCCAGAUUUGGAACAACUGCAGUCCAAGCUGAGCGCUUAUUACGCAAAGGUUGGGAAAGAUUCACAUAUUCCCAAGAGGUAUGCAGUAAAUUAUAGUGACAUGCCUUCUCCUCUCAGUAAUGUCGAGAAGAUUAUGGAAAGUUCCCACCGAGAAGACGAUUCCCGGAGAGAUCGUGACCGGGAAGAAACAGCCAAGAUAUAUCACGAGAGAGAUCCCAGAAUGUCCUCUGCACACCAACGAAAAGAAACCCAACGAAAGUCCUUUGCCGAUAUGUUUGAGGAAGAAACGCACUUGAUACAUCCCGAGACCAAGAUUCAUUCCCAAAAGCGUCCCGAUUUGUCCGAGAAGAAAAGACGCUUCGACAAUUUCGAGGAUAUCGAUAAUCAGGCCGAGGAGAAGCAACAGCGAACGUCAUUCGACAAGUCCUUGAACAUACGUAAGCAGAUGCAGCGUGACCUCGCCGAGAAGAGAGCAGCCGCACAGCCUCCGAGACCACGUUCGCCAUCGCCACUCCCGCCAAAAGAGCCGCCACCAAAGCACUCGCCUCUCAACUAUCAUUCGCCGCAGCCUUCCGGCAAAUUCCAGUCGGCCGGCACCCCGCAGAGCAGUCUGAACAAAUCGAGCCACAAUCUUGGCGACAAGUUCCAGCCGAUUGGCCAGAGCAGCCGCAGCGGCAGUUAUCCGCCGGAACCACCUCAGCCGCGAUCGCCGCCACCGCCCCGACGACAAUUGAGACUGUCGAAAGGUUCGAGAUCGGAUUCCGACAGUGACUCGGAGCGACGAGCAUCGCCGCGAAAGAGAUUGUCGAUUGGACGACCAAUGGCGAGGCGAAUGAGCCGAGAACGUCCGCCAAAGCGAUACCGAAGUCGAUCGCAGAGUGGCUCAAGUUCGGGCUCGUCGAGGUCGCGUUCACCAGGGAAACGCUCACGGUCCAGGUCGUUCUCGAAGAGGUCGGGAAGCUACAUGCGCAAGUACAGUCGCUCGAAUUCACGAUCUUACAGCCGAUCGGCGUCGAGGUCGCGCUCAAAAUCGUACUCGAGGAGUCGCAGUCGCAGCAGAUCGGGGGAGCGACGAUACUAUCGAAGACAGACUCGGCCCUACAACAAUAAUUGGGGCAAUCGGCCCUAUCAUCAUAAUAGUCGUGGCUAUCACAGUUACAAUCGGGGCGGGGGCGGGCAAAAUUUUCAGAAUGGCAAUCGUUACUACCACAACAAUCAGAAUUUCCGUUAUAAUAAUCGAAGAGGCUUCCAGCAUGGAUACAAUAAUUACAACAAUCAAAAUUAUCGUGGUCGUGGUCAGAAUAGAGGCGGACGAUUCUUUCAUAAUAAUAGGCAGGGAUUCCGUGAUUUUAGGGACAAUAGAAGGGACUUCCGGGACAGGCGUUCAUACUCGAGAGAUCGGUACAGCGAUCGAAGUUUGUCGCCGAGUCCGAUGAGAAAGGUGGAUGAGGCUCGGGAUAAGAUCAAUAAGAUCCUCGAGAGUGGCGAGGAUUCGACACGUCCUGGCGCGGCACUUCCGCCUACGAAGAGACCUGAGGGUCCGCUGAGCGAAGGUGAAGAGCGGGAUUAUGAGGAUUAUGAAAAUUGGCCGGUGAACGAGGGAGACUCGACGGCUAAAGUUGCUUAGGUCUUUUUUUGUUUUGGUUUUUUUUUUUUUUUUUUUUGUUUUGUUUUCUCAUGCAAAUUAUGUUCCUGAACUUCCUGAUAAUGGGAGGAAGUGAUUGAGGCUACUUUGGAAAUAAGAAUGGAGGAGUGUCGGAGAGCAGGACAUGUUGUGUCUCUGGUGAGAAUUGUGUUUUCGGAAUUGAUGCAAUUUUGGGAAAAUGGUUUAGGAAUCAAGUUCCUAUGACAAAACUGAUUGCAUUUGAUAUGAGCGCAACUAGUGGCGAUGUUUUACUGUUUUAAUGGGGAAGUUUUGCGAUAAUUUGGGUUUAAUCUAUGAAAUAUGGCUGUUUUUCAUACGAAUUAUUAAUAAAAGUUGUGUAGUUUAUUUUGCAAAAUAAGAGUCAAAGUGGCAUUUAUUUAGUUUGAAACGAACAGUUUUAAGAUUAUGUAUUAUUGGUCACUUUUUCUUGCUUCGUUCUGAAUUUUACUAUUGAAUACAAAUUUAGAGUACAUGUUUUAAUAAUAUUCUUUUUUUUUUAACCAAAUAAUAGAAUUUUCAACUAAUAGAGACAAAAAUUUGGUACGAAAAAUGACGUUCAAUUUUGAACUAAAAUUAUGAGUUUUCGAACAAGAAGAUUAAGUUUCUACUAAAAAGAGAAAUUUUUAACAAAGUACAACAAUUUCCAAUUUUAUAUUUAAGCUCUAGCUAAUGGGGUAAAUAUUCUACGAAAA